GCGUUUCCAGUUGGUGGUUUAUUUCCUAGCUCCAUCUCCAGUUUUUUUCAGGAUCAGGAUUAAAGCCCGGCGGUGAAAGGGUUAAGGAGUGGGGGUCUAGAUUCCUCCUCUCCUGCUAGCCAUGAUGAACAAAUGAACUCUCGGGGAAUGAAAUUUAAAUUUCACAAAGGAGAAAAAGUUCUCUGUUUCGAACCAGAUCCCACAAAGGCUAAAGUGUUAUAUGAUGCAAAGGUUGUUGACAUUGUAGUUGGAAAAGAUGAGCGGGCUAGGAAGGUCCCAGAGUACCUAAUUCACUUCAAUGGUUGGAAUAGAAGCUGGGAUCGCUGGGCUGCAGAGGAUCAUGUUCUCCGCGAUACUGACGGAAACCGCAGAUUACAGCGUAAACUGGCACGCAAAGCAGUGGCUCGCAUGAGGAGAAAGGGAUGGAAGAAGCGACGCUGUCGUCUGCCCGGUGUUGACUCGGUGUUAAAAACUCUACCUGAAGAGAGGGAGGAAAGUGAUGCCUCUUCUCUGAUUUCGUCCUCUGAAGACAGCGGCGACGACUCGGAGGACCCGGAGUCUUUAAAAAGCGAGGAGAGCGACUCUUCUGAGGAAAUGAAGGAGGAGGAAGACGCCCACGCGAAGAGGGAGUGGCUGGAAAAGAGCGGUGGAGAGGACAAGAGCAUCAGCAUCGAGAUCCCAGAGGUCCUGAAGAAGAAGCUGGAGGAUGACUGCUACUAUAUCAACAAGAGGAAGAAGCUGGUGAAGCUGCCCUGCCAGAUGAACAUCGUGAACAUCCUGGAGUCGUACGUCAAGCACUUCGCCAUAAACGCCGCCUUCUCCGCCAACGAGCGCUAUCGGCACCACCAGGCCUCCACUCAGACCAACCUCAAUCCCCACUAUGUCCCCCCGGAGAAAAAUGAGGAGCUCUGUAAGGAGAUGGUGGAUGGGCUGCGCAUCACCUUCGACUUCACCCUUCCCAUGAUCCUCCUCUACCCCUACGAGCAGUCGCAGUUCAAGAAGGUCAGCUCCUCCAAGUUCUUCCUGCCAAUCAGGGACACCGCUGCAGGUUCCAGCAGGUGUCUGCGGGACCGCUCGCCCAGCCCCCCCGGGAUUAACCCCCUGACCCCGCAGUCAUGCGACAGCCAGCCGCCGCCCAGCGAGCCGUCCACGCCCAAGCGUCGCCGUGCCGACCCCGACGCGCCCCAGUCGCUCCGCCGCUCCACCCGCCACACCUCCGGGAGCGAGAGGCUGUCGGAGAGCGGGGCGUCCCCCCAGCCCAAGCGCAGGCACACCGAGCCCCCCGCCCCGCUGCCCAAGUUCUUCCUCAGCCUGGAAAAGAAAACCCCUGCUGACAGCGGCUCCUCGUCCCCUCUGCCACUCACCCCCAGUAAAGAGGGCAGCUGUGUGUUCUCCGGCCUGGAGAGCAGGAGGAACAACGAGCUCAAUGAGGUCCUGAGCUGGAAGCUGACUCCUGAUAACUACCCCCAGAGUGACCAGCCCCCCCCGCCGUCGUACAUGUACGGCUCCCAGCACCUGCUGCGGCUCUUCGUGAAGCUUCCGGAGAUCUUGGGGAAGAUGCACAUUCCUGACAAGAACCUGAAGGCCCUGGUCAAACACCUGGAGCUUUUCCUCCGGUUUUUGGCGGAGUUCCACGAGGACUUCUUCCCGGAGUCUGCGUACGUGUCUGCCUCGGAGGCGCACUACAGCAUGAAGCACCCGCGGCCCGUCUACUGAGGUCCGGCCGAAGAGGAGGCCUCCAGCGGCUUCCCAUGAUGCCUUUGGGCUGAGACUGACCUCGGUACGGCCAGAGAGGGGCGAAGGCUGUGGCCUUCGAUGAAGCCGCUGUGGGCUGAGACUGAUCUCAGUUCAGCUGGAGAGGAGCCGGCUCUGGCCUUCGAUGAAGCGGCCGUAGGCUGAGACUGAUCUCAGAACAGCGAGAAGCCGCUGAGGGCUGAGAUAUACCUUUUAGCUGCAGAGGCUAAGAAUGGACACCCAUGUCCUGUUUGGGUGCGUUGGACAGGAAGUCCCUCUUGCUUGCAGCUCUCUCGACGCUCGCUAAAUGCAGUGGUUCCCUGUGCCGCCUUGCUUGUGCCCAGUAGUGCAGUUUGGGGAGGGUGUGGUGGGGGUGUAAAAUACAAACGUUUCUGUAAAUAUAAUUCACCACACUGUUGGAAUCCCCAUCUGACCUGUCACAUUUGUGUUCGCUCCUGAGCAAGGCUAUGGACUGUCCCCGAUUGCAAAUGGGUUUGAUCUUACUGUUUAUGAAGCAGAUAUUUCUGAAUUAAGUAACCUUUCUCUCACUUUCCCUCCCUCUCUCCACCUCUUGCCCUGUCUAUGUGUCACUGUUGUGAUCGUUGUAUUGUAUUUCGAUUCAUGGCUUUGAGCGUUCUGUUGUAUAAACAUGCAUUGUUCAUCUUGAAGAUGGUUGUCAAUAAUCCUGUUCCUUUAUUGUUCCAUGUUGUAUAGAUAGUCCUGUUUUUUAUUUUUAUUUUAUUUUUUUACAUUUUAUUAAAAGAAUUAACAGCACUUUUUCCUUUCAAAUAUUUAACCUACUUUAAUUGCUCCUAAUGCUGGAAUCUUUCAUUGUGGAAGCAACCACUUCAAGUACAGGAUGUUACCUUGUCUGUCCGAAAAAGAAUCGAGUUCUGUGUCAUUCAUGCAGCAAGCUUUUACUGCGGCAUUGUGAGAAAAGAGGCACGUCUUCAGAACGUCUCUGUGAAUUUGUACCUGGCCACAGGUGCGUGUGAUUUUGGUGCAUGUGUACAGGAUGCUCAUGAAUGCUGGUGUCAGUGCUGUGUUCUUCCUGAUGUGCUGUAGCUCCAGCCUGUGGUGAGUUAGGGCUGCACGAUAUGAGGAAAAUAUGCAAGGUGCCGUAAUGUUGUUGAAUAUUGCAAUGUCAAUAUUCCUUGCUAUAAACAAACCGAUAUUGAAGUGUUCGCACUUCUCAUGUCUUUCUGCUUUAGGUGCUCUGCAUGCGUAGACCCGAGACAAUGAAUAGCCCAUGCCCACUAAAAAAAUGGUUAAAUACAUUAUUCUCCACGUGAUUUUAUUCAUAAACAGCCAAUCAAUUUAGCAGAACAUCAAUUUAAAUAAAUGCUAUUUACUAUUCAUCGCAAUUCAAGCAAUUUGCGAUAAGUUUCUCGCAUGCUCAUAUCUCGAUGUUAAAUGUACAAUAUAUCGUGCAGCCCUGUUCUGAGUUUUGUGCUCGCCUAUAGUUCCUCGGUGUGUCUGUGAAACUGGCCUCGUAAAAUGUUCAGUAUGUUCUGCAUGUAGUCGUACAUGGUGUUCCUACAAGGGUUGUUCCCCGCUUUAUAAUAAAAAUGCAGGAUACUGAACUGCAAUGGAAAACGUA